AACACUGUAAUACCAUGUCUGAACCUCAAACAACACACGUAACAACCAAACACAAACAUGAUCAUCGGACUCUCUCAUCUCUCUCAUCGUUCAUAUCCAACUGUGCAUGUUCCACCCUACGAUAUUGUCGAUGAUCUAACGGCUAAUAUUCAUUCAUCAUUCUCCGUCAGCCAUUAUUCUUAUGACGUCAGCCCUAACGCUUUGUCGGAGACGGAUGACUACGAUAUUCCCGUGGAUGUGUCCACAUGCGAUCAUUUCCGUAUUUAUGUGUUUAAAGUGAAGAGAUGCGCGCGUGGGAAGUCACAUGACUGGACGGAGUGUCCGUACGCUCAUCCCGGCGAGAAGGCUCGCCGGAGAGAUCCCCGGAAGUUUCGUUACUCCGGCACGGCGUGCCCGGAGUAUAAGAGAGGGGAGUGUUUUAGAGGUGACGCGUGUGAGUACGCGCAUGGGGUGUUCGAGUGCUGGUUGCAUCCGACUCGGUAUCGGACUCAGCCGUGUAAAGACGGCGUUUUGUGUCACCGGAAAAUAUGUUUUUUUGCGCACACUGCUGAUCAGCUUCGCUUAUUGGGCAAUGGUGACGACUCGCCGAGUCGACUCAGUGGGUCGCCGAGUCAACUCGGUGGUGACUCGUUCAUGCAGAAGUCGUGUUUGUAUUCUCCAACUUCAACUCUGUAUGCCCUACAAAAUGAGUCACCUCCGGUGUCGCCUUGUGGGUCGGUUGGGUUCAACUCGGUGAGUGAACUCAGUGAGUCAAUGAGGGGUUUGUUAAUGGGAAAGAGUGGUAGCAUGAGUAAAAUGAGUCCACCUUCAUGGGAUGGACUCGGGUCGGGUCGGCAAUGUUCUGUGCUCCGACCCGGGUUUAGUGGUUUAUCGGUUUCUCCGACUCGGAAGAUGACUCGGUCUGGACUCGGUGAGUUGGAUUUAUGGGGAGAGGAGCCAGCUAUGGAGAGAGUGGAGUCUGGGAGGGAUGUUCGUGCGAAAAUGUAUGCCAAGCUGAGUAAGGAGAACUCGCUGGACCGAGUUGACUCAGUCGGAUCGGGUUAUAAUAUGGGAUGGAUCUCGGAGCUUGUACAAUAAAAUGUGAAUGUGCCGACCCGAUGGGCUAACAUUUUGGUUUAUUACUUUAUGAUUUUUCCACUGGUGUUAUUACCGUCACAGGGGUUAUAGUUUUUGGUAAAGCAUUUUUGAUUGUAAAUAAGUAGUAAAACAUGAUUUUUAAUUUCUAAUUUGAAGCAUUUUAAUUUCUGUUUGCAAUGUAAUCUGGGUCGAAUCUUAAUGAUAAUGCUACUUUGGUUUUUGUUGUUA